AUUAAAAAAAGAAAAAGAACAAAUUAAAAAGAGAUUACACCAUUUAAAGUAAUCUUGAAAUCAUCCAUCAAUGAAGCAUCAAAAGCACCGAAAGUAGAUGGCAGGGUUGCUUUUGUUUGGAGGCAGCUCCAAAACAUCACUAAAUUAAGGUAGAUAAAGAUAAGGUCCCACAAUAAUGAUUCUUUCAUGCCCUUUUGGCCUUACACCAGAGAUCUCUUUCCUUGAAUCAAAUUACUUGAACUCCAAUUGGGUUUGAGCCAUUACCUCUUUCCCAUUCUAUCAUCCAUUCCUAACUUGGCUCUCAUUCACCUCUGAUUCCUUCACCCAAACUCUGCUCCUUUCAUUUCCUUGUUUAUUUUCAUUUGCUCCACCCUCUUCUUAAUUUCCCCUUAUUUUCUCUGUUCCCAUCUGUUUUCCAACAUAACCAAACCCCCCUCCCCCCCCCCCCCCCCACCAAAAAAAAAAAAAAAAAAAACCAACAUCUGUGUUCAUAGCUUGGUAAUCUACUCUUCACAUUCGGCCUCACAUCAGGAUCUGCUUGCAAAACACCGACUUUGUUCUCGUUUUGUCACAUUGAAUCAAAUUGCAUGCAUUCCUUGAGCUUUCUCCAUCUCUUCACUCAUAUUCGCUACUGAUUCUGCUUUUCAUUUUGGUGGUGACCGUCUCUCUGCUUGGAACAAAUACUCUGCUCCUUCCAUUUCUUCCACUCUCUUAUUUUAGUUUCCUCUUGUUCCUGCUUUCAUUUGUUUCUGUUUUCUCAUCAUUUCCCUUCUGUUUUCCCAACAAAACCACCACACAAAAAAGAAAAAACAAAUCCAACUGAGACGAAAUGACAGAGAUCAUUAUUGCCGUUGCUGCAAAAGUUUCAGAGUACUUGGUUGCUCCAAUUGGACGCCAGCUUAGUUAUCUGUUUUGCUAUCGGAGCUAUACUGAUGAACUCCACAACAAAGUUCAGAAGCUGGGGAAGGCGAGGGAUGACGUGCUAGUAACUGUUGAUGAAGCUACGAGACGAGGGGACCAAAUCAGACCUAUUGUUCAGGAGUGGCUCAAUCGGGUAGAUGAGAUUACAGGGGAGGCAGAGGAAUUGAAGAAGGAUGAAAAUAAGAGCUGUUUCAAUGGGUGGUGUCCUAAUCUCAAGUCACGGUACCUGCUAAGCAGGGAAGCGGACAAGAAGGCGCAGGUUAUUGUUGAAGUCCAAGAAAACCGCAAUUUCCCCGAUGGCGUAUCAUAUCGUGUCCCUCCACGGUGUGUAACGUUUAAAGAAUAUGAAUCUUUUGAGUCAAGAGCCUCGACUUUGAACAAAAUUAUGGAUGCAUUAAGAGAUGAUAAGAUGAAGAUGAUUGGGGUAUGGGGGAUGGGCGGCGUGGGCAAAACCACACUGGUGAAACAAUUAGCUGAACAAGCUAAGCAAGAGAAGCUGUUCACCACAGAAGUCUAUAUACAGGUAUCUUGGACUCGAGAACCAGAAAAAAUUCAACAAGGAAUUUCGGAUAUUCAACAAAAAAUUGCAGACAUGUUAGGCUUGGAAUUUAAGGGGAAGGAUGAAUCCACAAGAGCAGCUGAACUAAAGCAGAGACUGCAGAAAGAGAAGAUCCUUAUCAUCUUAGAUGACAUUUGGAAGGAAGUUAGUUUGGAGGAAGUUGGAAUUCCUUCUAAAGAUGACCAGAAAGGAUGCAAAAUAGUGAUGGCAUCUAGAAAUGAAGACCUAUUACACAAAGACAUGGGCGCAAAAGAAUGUUUUCCACUUCAACAUUUACCAGAAGAAGAAGCUUGGCAUUUAUUUAAGAAGACAGCAGGUGAUUCCGUGGAGGGGGACCAACUGCGACCCAUAGCAAUUGAGGUAGUUAACGAAUGUGGGGGUCUACCAAUUGCAAUUGUAACAAUUGCAAAGGCAUUAAAAGAUGAAAGCGUAGCUGUAUGGAAGAAUGCCUUGGACGAACUGAGGAGUUCUGCGCCAACAAACAUCAGAGGAGUGGAGGAAAAGGUAUACACAUGUCUGGAGUGGAGUUACAACCAUUUGAAGGGUGAUGAAGUCAAGUCAUUGUUCUUACUUUGUGGUUGGUUGAGCUAUGCCGAUAUUUCAAUGCAUCAAUUGUUACAGUAUGCUAUGGGUUUGGAUUUGUUUGACCACCUCAAGUCAUUGGAGCAAGCAAGAAAUAAACUAGUUGCAUUGGUGAGAACCCUCAAAGCCUCAAGCUUGUUACUGGACGGUGAAGAUCAUAGAUACCAUUUUGGAGGUGAAGCCUCAAGGUUGCUUUUCAUGGAUGCUGAUAACAAGUCUGUCAGGAUGCAUGAUGUUGUUCGUGAUGUUGCCAGAAAUAUUGCAUCCAAGGAUCCUCAUCCAUUUGUAGUUAGACAAGAUGUUCCAUUGGAAGAAUGGCCAGAGACUGAUGAAUCCAAAUACAUCUCUUUAAGUUGCAAUGAUGUGCAUGAGCUUCCUCACCGGUUGGUAUGUCCGAAACUUCAAUUUUUUCUGUUGCAGAACAACAGUCCUUCCUUGAAAAUCCCAAACACAUUUUUUGAAGGGAUGAACCUACUCAAAGUUUUAGCCUUGUCUAAAAUGCAUUUCACAACACUACCUUCAACGCUUCAUUCCCUUCCAAAUCUUCGAACAUUACGUCUAGACAGGUGCAAGUUGGGAGACAUAGCUCUAAUUGGAGAGCUAAAGAAACUACAAGUUCUUAGCAUGGUGGGUUCCCAUAUCCAACAACUUCCUAGUGAAAUGGGGCAGUUGACGAAUCUAAGGUUGUUGGAUUUGAAUGAUUGUAAGCAGCUUGAAGUAAUUCCACGAAAUAUCUUAUCAAGCCUGUCUCGAUUAGAAUGUUUGUGCAUGAAAUUCAGCUUUACUCAAUGGGCAGCUGAAGGAGUUAGUGAUGGAGAAAGCAAUGUUUGUUUAUCGGAGCUGAAUCAUUUGCGCCAUUUGACAACUAUAGAGAUAGAAGUACCAGCUGUCGAGUUGCUACCAAAAGAAGACAUGUUCUUUGAGAACUUAACAAGAUAUGCAAUAUCUGUAGGCAGUAUUGAUAAGUGGAAAAACUCCUAUAAAACAUCAAAAACAUUAGAGCUGGAACGGGUUGAUAGAAGCUUACUUUCGAGGGAUGGAAUUGGAAAGUUGUUGAAGAAAACUGAAGAACUACAGUUGAGUAAUUUGGAAGAAGCAUGUCGUGGCCCAAUUCCCCUAAGGUCUUUGGAUAACUUAAAAACUUUAUAUGUGGAGAAAUGUCAUGGAUUGAAAUUUCUCUUCUUACUUUCCACAGCUAGAGGCCUUUCCCAACUAGAAGAAAUGACAAUAAAUGAUUGCAAUGCCAUGCAACAAAUAAUCGCAUGUGAAGGGGAGUUCGAAAUAAAAGAAGUUGAUCAUGUUGGGACCGACUUGCAACUGCUCCCUAAAUUACGAUUUUUGGCACUUAGGAAUCUACCAGAGCUCAUGAAUUUUGACUACUUCGGCUCUAAUUUGGAAACGACAUCGCAAGGAAUGUGUUCCCAAGGCAAUCUUGAUAUCCAAUUGCCAUUUUUCAGUUAUCAGGUUUCAUUCCCUCAUAAUUUGGAGGUCUUGGUUUUAAAAAGUCUUCCCAAGUUGAUAGACAUAGAUGUUGGGAAUUUCUCAAAGUUAAAAAUUCUAAGAUUAGAGGAACUACAUGGAUGUCUUUUGUUGAAGGCUUCAUUCCUUGAAUCAAGAGCCUCCACUUUGAACAAAAUUAUGGAUGCCUUAAGAGACGACAAUAUCAACUUGAUUGGAGUAUGGGGCAUGGCCGGUGUGGGCAAAACAACACUGUUGAAACAAGUGGCUCAACAAGCUAAGCAACAGCGGUUGUUCACCACACAAGCCUAUAUGGAUGUAUCCUGGACUCGAGACUCGGAUAAACGUCAAGAAGGAAUUGCGGAACUUCAACUAGAAAUUGAGAACGCGUUCGACUUGUCACUUUGCGAGGAGGAUGAAUCCAAAAAAGCGAAUGAACUGAAGGAGGAACUGAUGGUAGAAGGGAAGAUCCUUAUUAUCUUGGAUGAUAUUUGGAGGGAAGUUGAUUUGGAGAAAGUAGGAAUUCCGUGUAAAGGUGAUGAAACACAAUGCAAAAUAGUGUUGGCUUCGAGAGAUGGAGACCUAUUAUGCAAAAACAUGGGCGCACAAAUAUGUUUUCCAGUGGAACAUUUACCACCAGAAGAAGCUUGGAGUCUUUUUAAGAAGACAGCAGGUGAUUCCGUGGAGGAGAAUCUUGAACUGCGACCCAUAGCCAUUCAAGUAGUUGAAGAAUGUGAGGGUCUACCAAUUGCAAUUGUAACAAGCCAAGGCAUUAAAAGAUGA